AUGUUUGCCAGACCGUUCUUAUCAUCGGCAUUGCGACAAGCUGCUCGCCCAGCUCCAGCUUUCGCCUCCAAAUCCUCCUUUAGAAUUUCACCGAUAGCCGCGCGGUUCCUAUCCGCCGAAACACGACAAGCAAUCGACAAAGCCGUCGCAUCUGCGCCCGUAGUGUUAUUCAUGAAGGGCACGCCGGAGACACCACAAUGCGGCUUCUCGAGAGCUAGUAUCCAGAUCCUGGGACUGCAGGGUGUCGACCCCGCGAAGUUUACAGCGUUCAACGUGCUGGAGGAUGAUGAGUUGAGGCAGGGAAUUAAGGAAUACUCGGAAUGGCCCACCAUCCCGCAGCUUUACAUUGACAAGGAGUUUGUUGGAGGAUGUGAUAUCUUGGUGGCAAUGCAUCAGAACGGGGAACUUGCGAAGAUGUUGGAGGAGAAGAAAGUCCUUCUGCCUGCUGAGAGUGAGGGGUCAAAAGAGUAA